CGAUGAUCACACUCUUUGUGGCUCUUUACUCUCUGCUUUGUCUCUGCACAACUGUAAAACCUUCUGACUUCAAACAGCUUCACAUAAAAACGGUAAAACAUGGACAAGAUGUAACUAUGGAGUGUGACAUUAGUGGGAUCACAAAAAAAAAUACUUUAGCUUGGUACAGACAGAGUUUUGAAAAAGUGCCUCAGGCUAUUGCAAGAUGGUACGGAGCAAAUAAUUACACAACUGUUGAUGGAUUUAAUGAUAACCGCUUCAGUGUUACUGUAAAUAAACAUAAGUUUGAUCUCAACAUUACUAAAAUAAAAGAAGAUGAUAGAGGAGAAUAUUUCUGUGGAUAUGUGGAGGGAAAUACACUAAUUUUUUUUUCUGGGGCCGAUCUGCAGUUUGAAGGUGAAGAGAUGAAACCCUGUCCUACACCUGGAACACUUAACAAGAACACACACUCAGUUACACACCAGGGUUCAAACAGCAGAGAUGGAGAAGGUGCUUCAUCAAACAACCAUCAAACUCCCACCAAUCAGGCUAAUGAUGAAGAUGUCUUGAACUAUGCAGCCGUGAGUUUUGCUAAGAAACCUUCAUCCUCCAGAACAUCCAGAGACACGAGCCAUCAAGAUGUUUAUGCACAAGUUAACAUAAAUAAAUAGCAAGAAAAUUUAGAUAAAAAAAAGAAGUUUAACAAAGUAUUUUACUCAGGAAGGAAUGUCUUAUAUCUUAAUUAGGUCAGCUUUUUAUUGUUGUGAGUGUUGUUGCUGUUUUCAUGGUAACUUUUACAAUAAUACAUUUUAUUAAAUAAGGAAUGCCUAUUUUUUAUUUUUAUUUUUUUUCAUUUAAUGUUUUUUGUUGUUGUUGUCCUAUGGGAUUUUUGUAUAGAAGCCAAAUAUGGUAAAGAAAGUAAUUUAAAGUAUAUAGAUAUUUUGUACUCAGUGUAUAAGAAAAGGGUCACAAAAUGGUGCCUUUUCUUGUCUGCCUUCAGGCCAACAUUAGGUUUGCUCUCGCCCAUUGUGUAGCUUUCACCAGAUGGCUGAUAACUUUUUAAAGUUGUAACUGCCUUUCCUGAAAUGUAUAUCAUGAUUUAUAAGGGAGCCAUUUUUCUACAUCAUGUUCUUGUCCACAACUGCAACCAGCUUGGUGGAUUCGCCAGACAUUUCUACCAAAUACAGUCACUGUGAAAUAUCCUUGGGGUUCAUGAAAAAAGAGGAUUUUUUUCUAUUGUUGUUUCCAUUAAUUCUUCUUUUAUGGUGAAUUUUAAA